CUUGAAUCCAAUGUAUAUAUGCUUCUGAGUCUAAAGCCAAUGUAUGCUUCUGAGUCUGUUAACCUGUCUAAAAUGCCCAAAAGAGCAGGAGGAUUGUAUGCAAAUGCAGUCCACUAUUUCAGUAUCUUUUUGUUGAUCAUCUUGGUAUUUAGUUCAUCAAAUGGCAUGUCAAACGCACUGGAUGAUGCUUUGGAGAAACGCCAACCUGACUGCGCGCUCAGCUUCGGUGCUGUUGUAGAUUACACCUCCCUUGCCGGAAAAAAAGGAGAAAGUAGCAAUGGAGAUGGCGCUUAAGGAUUUUUAUGGCCGGAGGACCAGUCUCCGGCAUUACCUGACUCUACAUGUGAGAAACUCUCGAGGAGACCCCAUCCGAGCAGCCUCUUCUGCUAAGAUCCUCAUCGAGAAGCAUCAUGCAAGGGCAAUUAUAGGGUUCAGAACAUGGCAGGAGGCAAUCUUAGUUGCUCAGCUUGGCAAUGAAUACCAUGUCCCAAUAGUAUCAUUGGCAAAUAAAGCCCCGCCACUGUGCGCCUCUUGCCAAUGGCCAUUCCUGGUUAGCGCGGCUCGUAGCCUAGACACUCAGAUGAAAGCGGUGGCGGCUAUAAUUCAGAGUUGGCAAUGGCGGAAAGUCAACAUCAUCUAUGAAGACUUCAACCCAGCUAUCAGUGGCAUCACUCCCAACAUCAUUACCGCCAUAAAAGCAGUGGACGCGGAGAUUAAUGAACUUUUGCCCCUCUCUCCUUUUUCUGCGUACCCUUCUAUAUCAGAAAAGUUGGAGAGCCUGAAAAAUGGACAAUGCAGAGUUUUCAUUGUUCACACUUCCAUUACAUUAGCCAGUAAAAUCUUCAAGGAAGCGAGUGAGAUGGGAAUGAUGGGGAAAGACUUUGUGUGGAUCACCACCAAUGAUAUUACUAGUCUGAUAGAUUCGCUUAAUGCAUCAUCCAUCUCCUCGAUGCAAGGUGUCUUGGGAGUCAAGAGCUAUUUUUCCACCUCCAAUAAACGCUUAAAAGAUUUCCAAUCUAGAUUUCGGGUUAUGUUUCGUUUGCAAUAUCCUGAUGGGCCACUUCCGGAACCAGGAACUUCUACCUUCCAGGCCUAUGAUGCUGCAUGGGCAGUGGCUCUUGCAUUAGAGGGAAAUCCAUAUUCGAAAAGCAGUAGGAAUGGUUGUGUGGAUAAAAUGAAUGGAGAAGAGUUGUUAGAAAACAUAUUGAAAAGCAAAUUUGAGGGCUUGACUGGUGCAUUCAAUUUUAGUAGUGAGCGGAAAUUGGCUGCAGUUCACAUUUUUCGCGUAGUUAAUGUGGUCGGAAAGAGUUACAGGAAACUUGGAUUCUGGACGGAGGGAUUGGGCUUCUCAGAGAGCAUCAAUAAGCGGAGCAAUUACAGCAAGUCGAUGAACAUUCUAGGACAAGUGUUUUGGCCAGGCGGCCCCUGGUCAGUGCCAAAAGGAUGGGCGAUACCAACUAGUCAUGCAUACGGACUGAAAAUAGGAGUACCUGAGGGGAGCACAUUUAAAGAAUUUGUGAAUGUAACAUUUGAUCGUCCUGGUGGUAAUGCGAUCAUCAGUGGAUUUUCCAUCGAAGUCUUCAAUGCUACAUUAGCGUUUCUACCAUAUCACUUGCCGUAUGAUUUUAUACCAUUGAAUGGCACCUAUGAUCAUUUGGUGGAACAAAUUCACGUUCAGAAUCUUGAUGCAGUUGUUGGAGAUACGGCCAUAGUUUCCAAUCGUUGUGUACAUGCAGAAUUUUCGCAACCAUAUGCUGAGUCUGGUCUUCAGAUGCUGAUAUAUAUAAAAACUAAAAGAUCAGAUAGAGCUUGGUUGUUCCUGAAGCCAUUCACCAUCUAUCUGUGGGCAUUGACAGGAGUCAUUAAUGUUUAUAAUGGAUUUGUGGUGUGGUUGAUAGAGCGGAAUCACCACCCAUAUUUUAGAGGCAGUAUACGGAACCAAAUUGGAACCAUGCUUUCCUUAUCCUUCACAACACUCUUCUCACUAAACGGAGAGAAAUUACACAGCAAUCUGUCACGGAUGGCAAUGGCAGUAUGGCUAUUUGUUGCGUUAGUCCUCACACAAAGUUUUACAGCCAGUCUAACAACACUGCUUACCGUUCAAAGCCUUGAUCCAAUAAACGUCGACAUGGAGACACUUAUAAAGACUGGAGCCAAAGUUGGGUGCGAUGCGAAUUCCUUUGUUGGGAAUUAUUUGGAGACGGUCGAACGUUUCGAUCCCAAAAACAUUGUGGGAAUGCAUACAGAAGAUGAUUAUGGACAGGCUCUUAUAAAGGGAGAGAUAAAAGCAGCCUUUCUUGAGGUCCCAUAUGUUAAAAUGUAUCUCGCCAAAUAUUGUGAAGGUUUCACCACUUCGGGACCAACACUCAAAGUUGGAGGCUUCGGAUUUGCUUUCGCGAGGAGUUCUCCUUAUCUACCUGAUAUUUCCGAAGCAGUUCUUAAAGUGUCCGAAACUGGAAAAUUGCAAAAGCUUGAGCAUUCUUUAACCUCAUCCCUCAACUGCUCCGGAUCCACCGCUCAGCCUGAUGAUACUCACGAUAGUCUUGGACUGAAUAGUUUCUGGGGCCUCUUUGUCAUCACUGGAGGAACAUCCACCAUUGCUCUCUUCAUAUUCAUCUUUCACCAUGUUCGCCACAGAUGGUAUCAACCUUCUAGCGAAGGACAACCACAUCAUAACCCUGCCAACGAUGAGUUACUUAUGUUUGGUCCUGAAAUUCAGAACCGAAAUCAAUCAUAUUUGUAACAAAGAAGUGAGUUAACAUCACACGUUAUAGCUACUUAUAUCAUUUAGUUCAAUGCUAAAACUCUAGGUCCUCCAGAUUUAGGGUGUAAUUAAUUGUUUCUAGCUAUUAGGAUUUUUCUGCUUCUAGAAUUGAAUACGGGAUUGAUGUAAUAUAUAUUGUAAUAGAAAUGAUAGAUGGAUAUGAUGUUUAUGUAAAACCCCUAAUAUUA